UUUCUCUUUCCUUCAGGCCAAUACCAUCAUGCAGCCUUGGGUAGCCAUCUUCAGCCCCAUACUACUUCUGACAGAUGCUGUAGUGUCUCACAAACAAGUGAAUGGAGUGGUAGGCCUUCCUGCCACGCUGUCCUGCGCUUACUCGACAGCUAAGGGAGUCACCACCAUGUGCUGGGGCAGAGGGGCAUGUCCUGUGUCCCAGUGCUCAGAUGUAAUCAUCUGGACUAAUGGAUCCCACGUCACUUUUCGGAAGCACCCACGUUAUAAGCUAAAGGGAAACCUUUUAGAAGGGAAUGUGUCUUUGACCAUAGAGAACGUGGCUCAGACUGACAGUGGCAUAUACUGUUGUCGUGUUGAACACAGCGGGUGGUUCAAUGACAUGAAACUCACCCUGUCAUUAGAGAUAAAGCCAGCUGUGGUCACCAGUGUUCCAACGUCACCUAGGGCCUUUACCUCUACUUCUUCAAUGCCAGCACCCACGCAGAACCUCAAGCCAGCUACUUCAUCUUCUCCAGUGCAGACAGCAGAAACCCAGCCUAUAGUACCACAGGAGACGAGGACACCACAGCCCACCAGUUCACCAUUGUACUCUUGCCCAAAAGAUGGGAAUGGCACUGUGACACAGUCUUCAGAUGGCCUUUGGCAUAGCAAUCAAACUCAUGUGUCGCUGGCACAAAAUUCAUGGAUGACCACCAGUAAGGGACUCUACAUUGGAAUCUGCAUUACUACUGUGGUAUUGCUCACUGUGUUGGUUGUCGUGAUUACCAAAAAAUAUUUAUGCGUAAGAAACAAGCUGGAACAACUAAACUUGGUUUCGUUGAGUGACCCCCAGACUGGAGCUUUGCAAAGUGCAUCUGAAGUGGGUGUGCGAGCGGAAGACAAUAUCUACAUUAUCGAGGACAAUCUUUACGUCAUGGAUUAAGACCCAGCGGCACUCUAAGGAUUUAUACCCUUGACUGCAGAAGACAGUGACAAGAUAUCACCAUGUCAGAGUUCUUUUAAGCUCUAGAAUGAUUUUUCUGCCAAUUUCAAAUGAUAUUCCAAUAUGUCAGUUAUGAUGAGUAGGCUGACUUUGGUUCAUCUGUGUACGGUCAACCUCAUUGGUCAUGUAGUCCUAAUUUUUUAUACUACAACUGGUUCAGUAUUUCUGGUCAUUGCAGAGAUUUCUCUCAAACACGAAGUGAACACUUUAGAAUUGUGUAUUCUCUUUGGACCCUAUGAACCCUAUAUCCAUCAAGAAUUCUCGCUGGUGAGACAGGAGAGGAACUACUACCUUGGUCACCAAAGCUGUCAAGAAGAGUGGAGUAGGAGUUAAAGUCAGCAAAUCCAAUUUGGGACUUAAAGUCU